UUCUAUGCAAUACAAAAUGGCGUGACGAGCUAGCUAGCUUUCAAAAUGGCGUCGAUAUUUUGACUGUUCGAUUCAAUUGGAUUGGAUAUGACUUAUUAUGUGCAGCUAGCCAUAUAUGCUGAUUAGGAAAUAUUCCUGGAAGUUUAUAGUGUAUAAAUACAAACACAAUGAAUGCAGUAUCAAUGAAUUUAUCUCCAACCUCAAGUGCAUCACCACCAGUCACGCCUGUUCCCUUAUUUCAUGGAAAUAGUUUGCUGCCAAUAAAAUCAUUCCCAACAUGGAACCGCACUGGAUUAAAAAACAAUAAAGAAAUUAGUCACAUAACCAAAAAUAAAAAUUUACAAACAAUGCUAGUUAGCUGUUUAAACAAAGCAGAAGUCAUGACUCAAACUUCUCCACCAUCCAGUUCAAAUUCAUCUGAUCAGAUGCCAUUACAUUCCAUACAUGAAAACCAAGAUAGCAAUACCAAGGAGAUACGCAGAACCUAUGAGAAGAGGAUAUUGUUUAUCCAAGCAAAUCACCAGCGUGUGCUGUUAAAUCUUCAAAGGGAAUUGGAAAAGUUAAAACUUCAAAAUAAAGCAUUACAAUUUCAGUUGAUCAUGGCUGGUGGAACAUCACAAAACUGUGAACCAAUCACGCAAGUACAAGAUGUGUAUGCACAGAAUUUUGUUCCAGAGCAACCAGUUGACAAUGGAAUUGGCAUGCUGCGGGGUGAAGUGAUGGAGCUUCAAAAAUCCUUACAUGACAUAAAAAACGAAAAUAUGAAACUGUCGAAAAAAAUUAAAGAACGCGACGACAAAACUACAGUAAAAAGAAAAGCAAGUACAGAAAAACAUCUUUCUUCAUACACCGGCUACGACAGGAUUUUACCCGCUGUUGCGAGGCCAGCUUGCAUGCAACCUUUGGUAGAUAACACCAAUGUUGUAAAUAGUGCUGGUGUUUCCUACGAAGGUGCCAUUAAAGAAUUAAAAAAUCUUACCAACAAACAGAAAAACGAGUUGUUGCAACUGAAAGAGAAAUUACGAGAACAACAUCCCAGACCGGAGAAAUUGGUUUUACCAAAACUUGAAGUUCGAAAUAGACUGAGCGCAAAAUCGUACACACUUGAUCGAAACAUUUCGAGAGCGCCUGUUUCGUUGCCGGUGUUACAGCCUUCUGCUGGAACGAAUAAUUUAACGUUACGACAAAAACGUGCACAAGCUUUGCAUAUACAAAGACAACGUUCAAAUAAAGAUGUAACUUUGAUGCUGGGACAGUGAAAAAUAUUCAUUUUGCUAUAUAUAUUUUUUUAUAUUAA